UCAUCAGUACAACUGGUAAAUAAUUCAGCAGGUUCAGAGGUCACUCAUUAUUAUACAAGGAAUAUAAAUGUGUAUGGAAUUACGACUAGAAGCAUUCAAUACAGUAAACAGUUUCUCCCCUUUACUACGACUGGUGAGCCGCCUUUAAAAAUAACAUAUUGUGUUCCAAUAACAUUUAAUUUUUUUUUUCAUUUACAUUUGAAAUAUGUACAAAGAAGGCAGCAAUGCGGAUUCCAAAUUUGAUAAGAAUAAAUUUGAAUCUUCUAUAAGUGAAUUGAAGAAGAAAUCUUUUGUUUCCGCGGCUGAUAUCGACAGCUAUGGUGAUGGCGGCCUUACUCCCGAAUGUCAGGCCGCUCAUCGUCGUUCAUUAGAUGACCCCGAGGGUUUCUGGGCAGAGGUGGCUCAAGAAAUCGAGUGGACGAAGCCCUGGGACCGUGUGCUGGAUAACUCCAACCCACCUUUCACUAAAUGGUGGGUUGGUGGUGAGUUGUCGGUGUGCCACAACGCGGUAGACCGACACGUUGCGGCUGGUCGAGGGGAAACUAUGGCACUCGUCUACGACUCUCCGCUCACGGAUACCGUACGCCGCAUUACCUAUACUGAGCUUCAGGAUCAGGUGUCUCGGCUGGCGGGCAAGUUGUCGUCAUUAGGAGUGACCAGAGGUUCACGUGUGCUCAUCUACAUGCCACUCAUUCCCGAGGCCAUCGUGGCCAUGUUAGCCACCAACCGCAUUGGAGCUAUCCACUCUGUUGUUUUUGGAGGAUUUGCGGCUAGAGAGUUGAGGACAAGAAUCGAGCACGCUGAGCCUGUGGUCAUCAUCGCGGCCAGCUGCGGCGUUGAGCCCAAUAAAAUCGUCAGGUACAAAGAUAUUUUAGACGAGGCUAUUUGUCAAAGUACUCAUCAACCCCGCAAAUGUAUCAUAUACCAAAGACGACGUGUACUAGAGUGCACUUUGGAGAAGGACAGAGACAUUUGUUGGGAAGAAGCGUUGGAAGCGGAACCUGUUCCUUGUGUCUCUGUAGAGGCUAAUGAACCAUUGUACAUUUUGUAUACUUCUGGUACGACUGAUGCACCAAAAGGUGUCCAGCGUCCGGUUGGCCACGCGGCAACUCUCUGCUGGAGCAUGCAUGCCGUGUACGGACUUAAAAAAGGAGUGUGGUGGGCUGCGUCUGAUCUCGGAUGGGUAGUUGGACAUUCCUACAUUUGUUACGGUCCGCUACUUGCAGGUCUUACUUCCGUGUUGUACGAAGGCAAACCGGACCGCACCCCCGAUCCAGGUCAAUACUUCAGAAUCAUUGAACAACAUAGAGUAAACGCCCUCUUUACCAUUCCAACUGCAAUUCGUGUAUUGAAACGUGUGGACCCCAAUGCAAAAUAUGCACGAAGAUACUGCAGCAAGUCAAUAAAGACAGUUUUCAUCGCUGGCGAGCACUGCGAUCAAGAUACCAGACUAUGGGCGGAACGUGUAUUUGGUGUAUCAGUUUUGAAUCACUGGUGGCAGACAGAAACAGGAUCUGCAAUAACAGCGGCAUGCUUAGGAUACGGCGUUAAAUCUAUUCCACCUCACUCUGCUGGAUACCCGGUUCCUGGUUACGACAUUCGUUCUCUAAGGGAAGAUGGGUCUCAAUGUGAGGCAGGUGAAGUCGGAAGGCUGGUGGCUAAACUUCCGUUGCCGCCCGGAUUCGCCUCCACCUUGUGGCAAUCAGAUGAACGCUUUAAAAAGACUUACUUCGAGUCUUAUGCCGGAUAUUAUGAUACCCAAGAUGCUGGUUGGAUAAGUAACGAAGGUGCUGUUUGGGUAGUAGCGCGAGCGGAUGACGUCAUCAAUGUUGCUGGACACAGACUGUCUACAUCCGCCCUUGAAGACGUUGUUCUGAAACAUGCUAGGGUAGCAGACGCUAUUGUUGUAGGUGCACCUGAUCCAACAAAAGGAGAUGUGCCAUUGUGCUUGUACGUCAUGAGACCACCACAGGACAAUGAGGAAAUCGUCCCUGAGAGUACAGUUACACAAGAACUAAUUGCACUCGUACGUCACCUGAUUGGUCCGAUAGCAGCAUUCAGAAAAGCGGUAGCGGUGCCUGCAAUACCCCGCACACGAUCAGGAAAAGCCUUACGUGGGGCCAUAUCCAAAUUAGCUAGGUCUCAACUGGUCAAGCUUCCUGCAACUAUAGAAGAUGCUUCAGUUUUUGGUGAAAUUAAAUCUGCAUUGCAAAAAUUUGGAUACGCAAUGAAUGCCCCGGAUCCAGAAAUGUAAAUGGCAAUCCCGGACGCAAUGGGAUGGCUUUCUUUUGUCUUCCUUUUUUCUUCAAGGAAAGUUAAUUUAAAGUUUUCACCACUACAUUUUGUAGAAUUUCAUGAAAUCUUUUUAAUUUCGUUCUUGCAUUGUUAC